AUGGCCGCGUCAGCCCCCGGUCUCAAGGCCAGGUCUGCCAUGAACGGCGCUUCCGAGCUUCCCCCGUCAUCCAAUGAGAAUGGGAUGCCUUCGAAGUCACUACAAGAGCUUGCUAACGUUCUUGUGCAGGUCGGAGGCAAGGUCAACGAUAUAAUCAAGUCCAACACGCUGGCAUCGUUCGAACAAACCAACCACAGCGCGUUCACCUCAGAGGAAAACGCUGAGGCGCUUCGUUUCCUGUCAGAGGCAUCACCCACCUGGAACCAUCCGUACACUCCUGCAAACGAUUCGUGUCGGCUGUUGGACGCCUCCCCGUAG